AUGCCAGGCCUUACUCUCGAUGAUCUUCCGUCGCUCGUCGUACGCCGCAUCUGCGAGCUGGCGUGGGACAAAUCGCCUGACAGCGUCCGCAGUCUCGCCCUCGUGAACAGCACCAUCUACGUCGACGCGGUGCCGUACAUCUAUCGCACGAUCCGUAUCAAGGUUACCGGACGUAAACAGCUGAGGGAAGAACUGCGCGGCAUCGCCUUGAGAGAACGGCGUCGACAGUGCUUUAUCUACACCCGUCGUCUCGAGAUCGAUGGCUACAUGCCCACGAUCCACCAGGAGCGCCAUGGCGAAUUCAGUGGCCGCCGCGUUCGGAUUAUCCUUGAUGGUGAUGGGGAGGACGUUGGUGACUUGGAGGAUGAAGACGACGGGCAGGAGUACGAUGAGUUGGAGCCUGUGUAUUCGAAUUUGCUCGACCGAGACGAUCCAGAGGACGCGCCCGUGGACGUGGACUUCGCCUGGCAGCCUCUGGCUAAUGCCCUCGCCCUCUUCAGCCGUCUGACGGAUUUCGUGUUUUCAUGCGAUAACCGCUUCCCUCCCAUUCUUCUGGAGGCGUUGCAUGAACAUCACCCUCAGUGCCGCCUUGACGUGCGCAACUUCUGGGUUCGCAAUCCGAGAGGCCCCGAAGUCCAUCCGCUCGAUCGUGAGCUGUUUUCUUCGCCGUGUCUCCAUGCUAUCGGUUUGCGCUAUGUCCCCACUAGCCGCCAACCUGAUAACGAUGUCGACUACGACGCGGUGGUUACCAGCAUGCUGACAUCGUUGGCUCCGAAGCUCAAAAUCGUCCGCAUGCUCCCGUGCCUGACUAUGUCGGGGCCAACUGUGCGAGCGAAUUGGACCGGGUUCGAUACUGCUGGGGGGUUGUUCGGUAUUGGUGAACUCACCUCGCUGAGCAUGGGAGGAAUCUACGAAGGAGGGAGGAUCUGGCAGACGACGGGCAGGGAGAUGCUUCGCGCGUGGAAGGAGUACACCGAUUUCUCGAACCUACGCUCGCUCACUCUUCAGGCAACGUCGCUCACCUUGCUUGACACCAUGAGCAAUCUCAAUACCUUGCCCGCGCUCGAACGCCUCGCGAUCUAUCCAACAAGCGGCGAUGACAGCGACUUCUUCCAGACGGUUAUUUUGACGUUUCUCGAAGGGUUGAAGCCACUGUCCUGUCUGCGUCUGCGGUUCCCUGUAGCGGCACAGCUUCGGCAGAGCAUCUUCGACUUGCACGGCCCGACGCUCGUUGAUCUCGCUCUCGAGCCCAUGACGCUCGGCGAGCUGUUGAUUCUGCGAGAGGCGUGUCCCCGCCUGGAGCGUCUGGAAACGACGAUCAAGCGCUCGGAGUCGGAUCGGUGGGAGACUCGUUGCUAUGAAGCACUAGGCCGGCUCCCUUGUCUGACAAAGCUUCUUUUGCGCCUGGACUGCUCGAUUCCGGUCACUCCUGUGCCAGCGAAUAAUGGCAAUCAGCCAGGGGGUCCGAAUGUUAUCGUUCGAGACGUCGAUCGGAUGGAGUUCCCGCCAGAUCCUCGUCUUCGUAUCGGCCAGAUCCAGAGCAUCAUGACCAACUCGGCGGUGGAUGGGACGCUGGUCAGGCAGAUCUGGGAUGUGAUUGCUGAGCACAAGGCGGGGAAGCCUUUGCAGUAUCUGAAGAUCAUGAAUCGACCUGGCGAAAAGUACAUGGGCCGUCGGAUUAACGGGAUCGGGAAGUGCAUGAGGGACAUGAAACGGACGUAUGUGGUGCAACGGGUCUUGAGAGAGGGACAGGAAUCGAUCACCGUCCGCGAACUCGGGCAGCAGAGACGUGACGAGCGCGUCGCGUUGGAUCGAUACCAGGAGAUGGAGCUUUUCGCCGAGGUCUGGCCUUCUGGCCCCCCUGCCGACCUGGAAAUGCUGCGAGUGUUUCGUCGUAUCUGGGGUCCGAUGCCGGGGAGCGUCGAUUGGAGAGACGAUUGGCGCAGCAAGCCGCUGCAGCGCGAGGCAGAGCCGUUCUUGUGGAAUCUUCUUGGAGCGAGCUGA